AUGAACAAAAAAAAAAACAAUUAUAGAACUGAAUUAAUAUCACUGGCAAUGUAUUUUCUUUUAGUUGUAAGCUACCAAAAUAUGGAAUGUAACCAGAAUAAGCUUGACAACUUUAUAGCCGCUUGUGUUCCAACGAUUUUCAUUACGGCUAACCACAAGAAAGUAUAUAUUCUUAGUUAUGCUGUCAAAUAUGUAUUAAUAAUUAAUUUGAUGCACGUGUGUGUUUGUUAUCGUGAAUAUCUUCCUUUAAUGCGUCCAACAACAAAUAAAGUUGACGGCGUUUUCAGCGUAGCAAGAGUUAUUAACAAAUUAGUAAUGUCACAACCAACAUCGUUAACACUUAACCCUAUUCUCAAAUUUUGUUUUUAUGUGGUUGUAUUCAUCACUCAACUGUUUGGUCUAUUGAAUUUGCCCUUCAACUUUAAGACAAAGCGUUUCUCACAAAAGGGAAUUUACAACAGGAUUUAUUGUGGCAUUCUUCACUUACUUUAUUGUGGAUUUUUACCCUUUGCUGCCACCUCACCCGUUACCGACAAUGCCGCCUACAAGAAGGCAUCGUUUUAUGUCAUUUUAAACUAUGCCAUUACCAUUUUGAGAUUACCAGCAUUAUUUUUCACCCUAUGGGGAGUGUGGUGGCAUAGCAAAAAUCUUUACUGUGUGAUUCAAGACUUUGAAAAAUUGCGCUUGGAGAAUUUCCAUAAUUUGAAGGAAUCGAAACGAUACCAGAUACUCAAAAAGAACGAUCGGUUGGUGUGGUCAAAAAUCCUAACAACAAUGAGUGUGAUGAUCAUGUUCUACUUUCGAAUAUUUAUGUUUGCCAAAGAACCCUCACUGAGUUUUAUUUUGUUGUCCAUUUAUUUCGGCUGUUUGGAGUGUUUAACUAUUUACACCAUAAAUUUCUUUUUCUGUGGCAUUUGUUAUGCCAAUUGUGCGCUACAUUAUGUCAAAGAGAUAUUGGAUGAACUCGAAGGAGAUUCAAUUUCAUUUAGAAUACAUCGCCUUUCCCAAGUGUUUGGAGAUAUUUGCAAGACUACUAAGAACUUGUUUAUCAUUUUCCAAUGGCAAAUAUUGUCCAUAAUGUUGGCAGCAAUGAUUGCGCUGAUUGCCUUAUUCUUCAACUUGAUAAUCCUGUGGUUUACAUCGCCGAGGAUAUUUCAAAUUCCUGUGAUAAUUUUAACUCUGCAAGCAGCCUUUAUAAAUAUGGGAGAGAUUUUUGUAACGGCAUAUGUAUUGAAUGACAUGAAGGAGUGCCUGAAGGAUAUACAGAGAGUUCUGAUGGAACUCACAUGGAAAUGUGAUUUUUUCAACAACAAGGAGUUGGAUAAUGUUAUGGAUAUGUUUUCGCUGCACCUCUGUGUUCGUGCACCUCAAGCUAAUCUCUGUGGAUUCUUUGAUUUUGAUAUGCGUAUAGCUAUUAAAUUCUUACAAGCCAUGCUGAUACAUUUGAUAUUGUUGGUGCAAUUUCAUUUCAGACACAUGGUGUAGAAUUGUGUGAAGUAGAAAAAGUAAAGAGUCGAUUUGGUGUCUAUAAAGAAGAGAGUUUUAUAAAUCGGGAGUCUAUAAGUCAGAGCAUAUAUAACGUCAAAAAUGUGAACGGUAGUACUUUCAGAGUUUUGUAUAAAUUGUUCUAUCUAUGCAAGGUUUCUCCAGUAACAUUUAAUAAACUCUCCGUAUGCAACUUUUCAAAAUUUCACUCUCAUGUUCCUAUUUUUUCUGUACUUUUGGGUAAAAAGACGACAUCCCGUAAAAUGGGGUAAAAAUUGUUACAAUAAAUCGAAUAAAACGAUACAACAAAUAGCUUUACUCUUUUUAUACCCUCAGCCAGUGGCUAGAGAGGGUAUAUAUAAAUUGAUAUGGUCAAAGCGUGCCUAGUCGAAAUAACGGUUUUAGACCCUAGGUCUCUUUGGACAAAAUCCGUAUCAGGACAUUUGGAGUUGAUCUGGCGUUGUCCGUCCGUCUGUCUGUCUAGUGCGCGCGAUAACUUUCGAAGGGAGAAUCCGAUUUGGUCCAAACUUUGUACAUCGUAACAUUUUUGUCAAACUUAGAUCGAGUUCGGAGAUGGCCAAUAUCGGUCCACUCCUUCUGGUAUCCCAACAAAAAAGUCAAAAUUUAAAAAAAAAAAAAAAAAAUCUGCACCGAAAGAGGAACGAUGAUCCGAUUUUUCUCCAACUUUGCAAAUCCUAAUAUUUGCAUCAGUGCUAAGUCAGGUGCGAAAAUGGACAAUAUCGGUUCACUCCAUCAAGUACCUCCCCCACAAAGGGUCAAGAUUUUGAAUAAUUACAACUCUCAUAAAAUGUGAUGAAAGAGUAAAUUGUCUUCAAAUUUUCCACACCCAAGGUCUGGUGAGAAGAUGGAAUAUCUCGGCCCAAUCCUUCUGGGACCUCCCCAACAAAAGGUCGAAGUUUUCAAAAAAUAUAUUUUCUGCACAGAAAUAGAUUUUGCUACAGCUUUGCAAAAUCUAAUAUUUGCAUCCAUGCUAGAUCAAGGGCAAAAAUGGAUAA